AUGAAGGAACAAAAACAAGAACAAAAGCCAGAGAGACCAAAGAGAAAACUUAGUGAAAAACAACUUGCUGCAUUAGCUGAUGGAAGACAAAAGAACCCACGUUUGCUGGCGAAGAAAGCUAGAGAAGAAGCUGAAGCAAAAGCUAAAGAAGCUGAAGCAAAGAAAGAGUAA